AAGCCUACUCGCAGCGCUGAACAAUUCUCAUCGCUCAGUCCCAGCAUCAUUUACCUUCAUCCAUGGAUCCUUCAGAGAUAAAAGAGAAAAUCAAUCGCAUUCGAAUCCUCAUCAUAGGAAGAGCCAAUGCGGGAAAAACAACUAUCCUAAAGAGGGUUUGCAACACCAAGGAGAACCCCCAAAUAUUCAAUAGCGCUGGGGAACAGAUUGAUGCCACUGUUCUGAACGCAUCCAGAGAGGUAACAUACUAUCAUCAGUUGGCAAUAUGAACUGACGUGUUCUCAGCGUGGAUAACACGAUAUCGAAAACGAAAUGGUGUUUCAAAAUAACUCGGGAUUCAUCUUUCACGAUUCACGCGGUUUCGAAGCAGGCGGUGAGUCUGAGUACGACAAGGUGAACACAUUUAUCGUGGACCGCUCGAAGAAAACAGAUAUCAAGGAUCGAAUUCACACUAUAUGGUACUGUAUCCCAAUGGAUGAGGAAAGCAGAUCUUUCACCCAAGCCGAACUCAGGUUUUUCUCCCACUGUGACACCGGGAGCAUCCCAGUGAUCGUCAUAUUCACGAAAUUCGAUGCCCUUUACGACGUCGCAUUCGCACGACUAAGAAAGGAAGGAAAAUCGAGGACAGAUGCCAAAGCACUGGCCCCGAGGC